GCUGGAAAGGACAGCUCCCACACUGGACAACCUGCAAUUCCCAGACUUUAUGAGCAUGCUUCAAAACAGGGAGGGGGGAGAGGAGUUGGCUUUGGUGGGACUUUUGUCUCCUCCCCCCACUGCCUUAAGUUCUCUAGUUACUGUGGCUGCCUGCAAGUGCUCAGUCAGUCACUUUUAUGCUUCUUGGGAUCCGUUAUCCAGUGCUGCCCAGUCAGCUCCUCAGGACCCCUUCAGCAUGCCUGACAGUGAAGAAAACCUCAAGAAGAAAGACUUGGAUGGGAGUUUAGGGAAGACUCCAGAAGGCUUCGAAACCAGCAUCCUGCCUGCCCAUCAGCAUCUCUCCAAAGAGUCCCUCAACAAUGCCUUGGAUAACCUGUACCUUGAGAGGGCAGAGGAUAAAGAGGAAGUCUCUGCAGAGUCCCUGUGGACCACAUCGGCUGAUGGGCUGGUCAAGAUCCGGAUGGACCACACCUGCUCACAAACCCCAAAGACUGUGCACCAGGUAUUCCUAGAGAGUCUGGAGAAGUAUGGAAAUCUGACCUCCUUGAGCAGCAAACGGGAUGGGAAAUGGGAGAGGAUCACCUACUCUCAGUACUACCUUCUCUCCCGAAAAGCUGCCAAAGGUUUUUUGAAGCUUGGCCUGGAGCGUUUCCACAGCAUCGCCAUUCUCGGAUUCAACUCCACGGAGUGGUUCAUCUCUGCUGUGGGCACAGUCUUUGCUGGAGGUAUCCUCACAGGAAUCUAUACAACCAGCUCCCCUGAAGCUUGCCAAUACAUUGCCAAUGACUGUAAGGCCAACAUCAUCCUGGUGGAUACCCAGAAACAGCUGGAAAAGAUACUGAGGAUCUGGAAGAACUUGCCAUACUUGAAGGCUGUUGUGAUGUAUAGAGAGACCCCGGCAGAGAGAAUUCCAAACGUAUAUACGAUGGAAGAGUUCCUAGAGACAGGGAAUGAGGUUCCUGACUCCACUCUGGAUGACAUUCUCAACUCUCAAAAACCCAACCAGUGCUGUGUGCUCGUCUACACAUCUGGUACCACCGGCAACCCCAAAGGCGUGAUGCUGAGUCAGGACAAUAUCACUUGGACAGCCAAGUUUGGCAGCCGAGCUGGGGACAUCCAGCCUGCUGAGAUUCAGCAAGAGAUUGUGGUGAGUUACCUGCCCCUCAGCCACAUCGCUGCUCAGAUGUAUGACCUUUGGACAGGAAUCCAGUGGGGGGCCAACGUUUGCUUUGCUGAGCCUGACGCCCUGAAGACAAGCUUGGUGACUACGCUGAGGGAGGUGGAACCCACUGCCCACAUGGGCGUGCCCAGGGUGUGGGAGAAGAUCAUGGAAGGGGUCAAGGGGGCAUCAGCUCAGGCUGGGUUCUUCAAGAGGAAGAUGUUCCUGUGGGCAAUGUCUGUGACCAUGGAACAAAACCUCAGCUGCCCAAGCAGUGACCUGAAACCUUUCACCAUGAGACUGGCUGACUACUUGGUUCUGGCCAAGAUCCGCAAGGCCCUGGGAUUUGCCAACUGCCAGAAGAAUUUCUAUGGCGCGGCCCCGAUGACCGCAGAGACCCUGCAUUUCUUCCUGGGCCUCAACAUCCGCCUUUAUUCGGCCUACGGGCUGAGCGAAUCCUCAGGCCCACACUUCAUGUCCAGCUCCUACAACUACAGACUUUACAGCUCUGGAAAGGCGUUGCCAGGCUGCAAGGCAAAGCUGGUGAACGUAGAUGCUGAAGGCAAUGGGGAGGUCUGUCUGUGGGGCCGGACUGUCUUCAUGGGCUACCUCAACAUGGAGGAGAAGACAAGAGAGGCCAUAGAUGAAGAUGGCUGGCUGCACACAGGAGACAUGGGGAAACUAGACAAUGAAGGCUUUCUCUAUAUCACUGGGAGACUUAAAGACUUGAUUGUAACAGCUGGAGGGGAGAAUGUGCCCCCCUUUCCCAUUGAGGAGGCCGUGAAGAUGGAGCUCCCCAUCAUUAGCAAUGCCAUGUUGAUUGGGGACCAGAGGAAGUUUCUGUCCAUGUUGCUGACUCUGAAGUGCACUCUAGAUCCAGAGACCUCAGAUCCGACGGAUUAUCUCACCGAUGAAGCCCUGGAGUUCUGCCAGAAGGUUGGCAGCAAAGCCACCAAAGUGUCUGAGAUAGUAGGCAGAAAAGAUGAGGCCAUAUACCAGGCAAUUGAAGAAGGCAUCCGGAAAGUCAAUGAGAAAGCUGCUGCCCAACCUUACCGCAUCCAGAAGUGGACCCUCCUGGAAAGGGAUUUUUCCAUUUCUGGGGGAGAAUUUGGUCCUACAAUGAAACUGAAGCGCUCAGCAGUUCUUGAAAAGUACAAAGAAGAAAUUGAAUCAUUUUACAAAGAACCAAACAAUUAAUCAGGGCUUUUUUAUAGUCUCUACCGAGCAGAUGCUUUGGGUUCUUCUCCCCUGAGAAUCAGGCCAUCUUAAAGCAGGGGCACAGAAAGAAUCUCCAACAAAUCUGUUAGAACUCCAGGAAUGAUGGCGAUUCAGGCUGGCCACAGCUGUCAGGCCACAUGUAGCUCUGCAGCUGAACACCAGAAAGGGGCAAGCUUGCACUUGUAGAUACUUACUUUGAAUUCUAUGUGAUUAUAUUUGUUACCCCUAACAAAUGCACCCAGCGUAACCCCUCCACCUUCCUGAUCAUCUUCAGGCUUCUUGGACUAAUUCCUGUUAGAUUUGAUGAGCUUCAAAUCAAGGCAGCAGAGAGAGGAAAGGCAGGCUGCUGCCUGUCCUGUUGUGGAAGUGAUUUAUGACCAACACAUGAAAUGUCAGGGAGAGUAGAUCUGCUUAACUGCCAAGUACAAUGGCUUUCCACCUGCACUUGGUCUGAAAGUGCCAGUCAUCAAGGACUGAUGUUACCACGGUUAUGGCGCUUGCCUACGCCCUAGCACUUAAUGAAGCUGCUGACAUCUUUCUGAUGGUCACAAUUAAAUAAACUUGAACACUAAACAAAGCUUUCAAGGGGACUAAGUAUCUGAAUGCACUCACAGUUGGCGAAUAACAGCUAAUCUAGCCCUCCCACCCUUCAUGCGGCCUCCUCUACAUUUCUGAAAAGAUUAUCUGCCAGACAGAACGUUACUCAUUUUCCAAACUACUGAAGUUACACUCUGCUUGGGGGUCUGAAAAAUUCUGCAUAAAGUACAUAACUUCCAAAGCACAGGGAGAAAAACAGUAAUGACCCUGGCUACCCAAUGUUCGAUUCAACACAGGUAGCUAGUGUAGAAAAUAUAGACAGAAUACAUGAAAAGUACGGUCUGGUUACCUGGUUGAGUAGCUUCUCCAAUGCUGGCUCUUCUACACUAGUUAGGCGUAUUUUAGGAACAAGCUAGGCCCAAAGGAUUCAAGUGCUAGGAAAGCAAUUCGUCUUUGCACGGAACACGUGUAGAGAAAUUCCAGGUAUCUUUAACCAGUUUUUAAAAUCUUUAUUAUUUCACUAUGCAUGAAGCCAACAGGCACUCUUAGAGCUAGCACAAUCCAAAAAAAAUGCAGCAGCAGCAGCAUGAAGAAAAGAGAGUCCCUUCUGAGUGAGCUAAAGCCCUGGCCAGGGGCCUCAGGGAGCCUUCCCCUCACGGCAGGCUAAGGACAGACACAAUCACUUUGACUGAGGGUAUGAUAGGAAAUAGCUGCCAUCUUGCCCCUACAGGUUCACAGAGAUGAGAAAGGAACUGGCCAACUACAGGCCCCAAGCAGGACGCAGCGAGGAGGACUCCCCUAACAAGGGGACUGAAUGCUCAGGAGUCAAUCUCGUGGGCGUCUCAAUGCAGCCUGAGAGCUGACCGCUCCCUCUGGACGGCCCCAGAGCAUCGGCAGCACCUGCUCCAGCCGGGACAGCUGGCUCACCAGCAAGGUGACGGUUACAGACACAGCACGCACGACACAUCCGAUACAGUGACAGCUCCAGAGCUGCUGGGCCAAGGACUUCCAGGUAUUCAGCACAACUAUGCAGAAAGCUUUACCCACUCAAAACGUAAACAUUUCAUUCGGGGAACUGCCAUCCCUUUUUUUUUUCACUGAAAGCACUAGGAUAAGCAAAGAAAUAUUAAACUAUCUUAAAAAUACCUCCACACAUAACAUGUUGGAUUAGAAUGCUCUCUGUCCUCCAUAGACUAUCUAGUUUUAUAGACAAAAAAAUACAUCUCUGAUUAAAUACA